CCAACAUCUUUAAGCUUCAUUCAUCGGAUAGACUUUGAAAACCACCUAUGAGAAACAAAACCUCAAACAAGGGGUAUUAUAAAGAGAAGAAAGAUGGCUAAUUGUUCAGCUAUUUCAGCUGCAAAAUUUGGUGGGUAUAUAUGCCAAAAAGCCUUUCCUUUUAUUCUUUCCUGGUGAAGGUUAGUAGCUUUGAUUCAUCAAAACACCAAAAAAAGAAAGAAAGGCAGUAAAUAGAGAAAGCCCAGAAUAUAACCUCUCUUUCUCUCUCAAUUUGUAAACUUGAUAGCUCAUCAGGGUUUGAGGCAAAAAAAAAAAAAAAAGCUAAUGGAUCCUGUAACAGCACAUGGUCGUCCUCUUCCUCCACCUUUCCUUUCAAGAGAUCUUCACCUACACCCUCAAUUCCAACACCACCAACAACAGCAAAAUUCUGAAGAAGAACAAAGCGGCAACGGAGGCCUAAACCGCGGCCAGAAAAGAGAUCGCGACGAAAACAACAUCAACAACACUACAGAUUCUGAAGGCAAAGAAAUAGGUUCAGCCGGCGGAGGAGAAGGUGAGAUGACAAGAAGGCCUCGUGGAAGACCCUCCGGGUCGAAAAACAAGCCGAAACCCCCUAUCAUAAUCACCAGGGAUAGCGCAAACGCGCUCCGUUCCCAUGUCAUUGAAGUCUCCAACAGUUGUGAUAUCAUGGAGAGCAUUUCCACUUUCGCUAGGCGGAGACAAAGAGGGGUUUGCAUUUUGAGUGGAAGUGGCACUGUUACUAAUGUGACACUAAGGCAACCAGCUUCACCUGGUGCGGUUGUUACUUUACAUGGAAGAUUUGAGAUUUUAUCAUUGUCUGGUUCAUUUCUACCACCACCAGCGCCACCAGCAGCAUCAGGAUUAACCAUUUACUUAGCCGGAGGUCAAGGCCAAGUAGUCGGUGGGAGUGUAGUUGGUCCACUUUUGGCUUCUGGGCCAGUGGUAAUAAUGGCCGCUUCAUUUGGUAAUGCAGCUUAUGAAAGGCUUCCUUUAGAGGAAGAAGAGCCACAGGUUCCAAUUCAAGGAAGUGGGUCUCUUGGAUCCCCAGGAAUGGUUGGUCAACAACAACAACCCCAGCAGCAACAACAGCAAAAUCAACAACAGCAGCAACUAUUGCCAGAUCCUAAUACAACUCUUUUUCAUGGGAUGCCACAAAAUCUUCUAAAUUCAUGCCAAUUACCAACCGAAGCCUUCUGGGGUGGCUCGGCGGGUCGAUCUCCUUACUGAUAAAC